AUGCUAGCAGCGUGGAAUGUGCGGGGGCUUAACAACGCGGGCAAGCUUAGGGAGAUUCGCUCCCGUCUCCUAGAACUUUGUCCAAAAAUUAUUGCGUUACUAGAAACUCGUGUCAAAGUGAAAAAUGUACCUUCUGUCCGAAAUAAACUCAUGUUGCGGGGCAGCUUUGCAGACAACUACCAACAUCACGCUAAUGGCAGGGUAUGGCUGUAUUGGGAUUCAAAUGAAGUUGAUAUUAAAAGUGUUAAGUCUUCCAGUCAAUUCAUCUACAGUGGUAUUCAUGACCUGGCUGGGAAUUUCUUAUUUUGGUUAACUACUGUUUACGCCUUGAAUAGACCAAAGCAACGUCGCGUAUUAUGGAAUUAUAUUGUUGUCAUUUACGCGCAGCAGCAAGGCCCUUGGGUUUUAAUGGGUGACUUCGACAAUGUUAUCCAUAUCAAUGACAGAAUAGGUGGAAAUGAUGUGACAAAAACUGAAUAUAUCGACAUCUGCAGUAUGAUGGAAAACGUUGGCUUAUUUGAGAAGGAAAGUAAAGGUAGCUAUUAUACAUGGUCAAAUAAUCACACUGCAGGUACAAUCUAUUCUCACAUUGAUCAUGUGCUUGCUAAUGUUGAAUGGCUCCAACAGAAUACCGAUAUUACUCUCCAUAUGUUACCUCCAAGUGUGUCGGAUCACUCGCUAUUAUUCUUGACAGGUAAUGAUCAGGUACACAAACGGUAUAGAAAACCAAUCUUCAGAUUUUACAAUUGUAUUAUGGAUUUUGAAGGAUAUGGUGCACUGGUAGAGAAUAAUUGGAGCGUCCCAAUCAAAGGCAAUCCAAUGUUUAUCUUGUGGAAUAAGCUUAUGCGCUUACAACCGGCUCUGCGUAAUUUUAGUAAACCAGCCCGGCAUAAUGACCAGCAACUUAUUCAAGCUAGAAAUAGAUUAAACACGACGCAAACCUCCCUUGAGGCCGACCCGAUGAAUGCUACGAUAAUAACUCGAAUUAAGAAGCAGAAAGUAGAGAUUAUAAAACUGCAAGAACUAGAGGAAAAUAUACUGAGACAGAAAUCAAAACUUGAUUGGCUUAAGUGGGGUGAUGGCAACAACUCGUAUUUCCACGCAUCCGUAAAGGCCAAAAACAAUUCAAAAAAUAUAUCACAACUCAUUAAAGAAGAUGGCACAAUACUGACAGUGCAGGCUGAUAUUGAAGAUGAAGUCUUGGAUUAUUAUAAGAAUUUGUUAGGCACUGCUGAUAGCACAGUUUGUCACAUUGAUGUCACCGCCAUGAGAGAUGGACCACAGCUGAACAUGGAACAACGAUAUUACCUAUUGGCACCUAUAACAGAGAAGGAAAUUCACACGGCACUUAAAGGCAUUGGGGACUUAAAAUCACCGGGAAUUAAUGGUUACAGAGCCUGUUUUUUCAAAGGUAGCUGGGAAACCAUUCAAUCUAAUGUGGUAAAUGCAGUACAUGAUUUUUUCCGCCAUGAACGCUUAUUUAAAGCCUUUAACAGUACUGUGGUGACGCUUAUUCUGAAACAUUGUGAUGCUCAAUCCAUUAAAGACUAUAGACCGAUAGCAGGGUGUACUACUGUCUAUAAAAUAAUCUCAAAAAUACUUACUACAAGAUUGGGUAAAGUUAUUGGCGAUGUUGUCCACCAUUCGCAAGCUGCAUUUGUGCCGGGCCAACAAAUCCAUAAUCAUAUCCUAUUAGCGUAUGAACUGAUUAAAGGGUAUACCAGGAAAGGAGGCACACCUCGAUGUAUGCUUCAAAUUGAUCUUCAAAAAGCUUAUGAUAUGGUAAAUUGGGAUGCUUUGGAGUGUAUUAUGAAGGAAAUUGGAAUUCCAAACCAAUUUGUUAGAUGGAUAAUGAUUACUAUCACUUCUGUUACUUAUAAGUUCAACAUCAACGGGUAUCAUACAAAAACUAUCCAGGCGAAGCGGUGUAUCAGGCAAGGGGACCUUAUCUUCCCCCUAUUAUUUGUUAUUAUAAUGGAAUAUCUCAACAGAUGCUUUUGCAAAAUGUAG